AUGCAACAGCAAGAUCAACCGGAUUAUUUACUAUCAGCAGUGGCAGGGGAGUCGAUGUUUUCGGGCCAUAGUCAAUCGCUUGAGAUGUCAGCUAUGGUGACCGCUCUAACGCAUGUGGUGUCGGGGCAGAGGUACGGUGGCGAGAGGUGGCUAACACCUGAGCAACUAAGUGGUGACGCUGUUGCACCGUCGUUUGCUGGUGGUUCUGGGAAUAUUCAUUUAGCCAAUUCGCCAUCGUCUGCUGCUUAUUCUUCUUCCAGCUCUGGCUCUUUGCCUGGCCAGAAGAGAAGACGUGAUCAAGAAGAUAGUGUUACGCAGUUACCGGAGCAAGCCCCGUCGGUUUAUCGGCGGUUCGGAGAGUUAUCUUCUUCUGUCAAAGAUGAGCCGGAGACAGGAACAAGUUUUGCAAUGCCUCCCACCACCUCCGCCGCCGUAGCGCAACCACAAGCAGAAGUAACGAGCACUGCAAAUCAAGAAACAGGAGAGAGAAGAAGAUACAGAGGAGUUAGACAGAGGCCAUGGGGCAAAUGGGCAGCAGAAAUAAGGGAUCCACAUAAAGCCGCCAGAGUGUGGUUGGGCACAUUUGAAACGGCGGAGGCCGCCGCCAGAGCAUACGAUGAAGCAGCCCUCCGUUUCAGAGGCAACAGAGCCAAACUAAAUUUCCCUGAAAAUGUCAGAAUCCUCAACCCACCCCAGCCCCAGAUUUCCCAACCCGCACCGUUGGCCAUUGCAACUCGUCCACCACCACGUCCGCCGCCGUCCACCCCAUUCUUCCAAACUCCGUCGUCCCAUAUCUCUAACACCAUGAGAGACUAUUGGGAUUAUUCACAAUUACUUCAAAACAGUGAUAAUUUCCGUGGCCAACAUUCUGCAACGUUGUUACAACAAAUGUUUUAUGCUUCAUCAUUAGCUGGUUUAUAUUCACAAUCAAUACCCUCUUCUUCUUCUUCUCAAUCUUCGUCUUCUUCAAAUCCACCGAUGGUUUCCAGUGAACAAACAACUCAUUUCGGGCAGCAAGGAAAUCAAACUCAAACACAAGGAAGCAGUUCCAGUUUUACAAUACCACCAUGGAAUACCAGUUCCAGUUACUAUCCUCCCUCUUCUUCUUCUUGA